UUCUUCUUCGUUUACAAACCUUAGUCCGUAACAAUGGGUAACAAGUGAAAAGGAAUGCAACUAGACGACUGCCUAGCAAUUUUAUCGCGCGGAUGUGGAGACAGCACUGAAAGUACGAUAGCAGCUCUGGUCGACAGGUUAGUGAGCGGACGUAAGGACGAAUGUGUUCUGCACUUGCUGUCGUAUCGCAACUGUCACGAAGUGCUGGGGACGCUUCUAGCGCUGCUCAAGACACCAAACCUAAGGGUGGCCGGCAAUGCGGCAUAUGUCAUCGGACUGUUGGCGGAGACGGAGUUGGGGCGCUUGCGACUUAUGCAGGGAAACGACAAAUAUUGCAACUUUCUCAACGACCUUGUUGAGCUGUUGAGCUGUCGCGAUGAUGAGGCAGUUUUGAAUGCUGGUGGCGCUUUGGGCACUCUGGCUGAUACAGAUGAAUGUCGAAACUGUUUGCUAGGCCAGAAAGAAGAGUCUAAUAGAGGAGUCACUCGACUGGCUUUGCUAUUGACUUCGAAGUAUUCGUGGAUAUCCAGCAAUGCUGCUCUUGUCUUUGCUAGGCUAAGUUCAACUGAAGAGGGAUGCUCAGCUCUUUUCGCUCAUUGCGAUUGGUCGCUAUUUGUGGGUCACUUGAUUGCAUCAUUGGGCGGAGAAUCUCUGGGAUCUGGAACAAAUGCGGCGAUCGCACUCGGUCGCUUUGUCGAUGUCGAAUGCACUAGAAACCAAUUGAUUCGUACCUCACACAUUGAAGCCAUGGUUGCAGGAUUAGGGAAGAUGCUCUGCAGUGGCGAGUGCAAUGUUAAGAGAAAUGCAUGCUAUGCACUCAGCUGUCUCGUCUCGAGCAAGGAAGGACAGGAGAAGUUCUUGCAGCACCCAUCGUCACCUGAAAUGCUUGAAAGUGUUGCCAGUUUGAUUAAUUCACAUGAUAGAGAGGCAUCUCAGUUUGCUAUGACAACUCUGUAUUUGCUUGUGAGUAACGUCUAUGGUAAAGCAAAAGCGAGCUCUAUCAGUGCAGUGGAGAUGAACUUAGAGGAGUUCUAUCACAACUCGUCUGCAUGUGGCAACCUUAAAGAGCAAGUCGUUGCAAUUCUUCAACUACUCGUUUACUUGCCCAAGCCUAGUUGUCCCAUCAUUCAAUCAACUGAUCCUUAUACUAUCACUGCAUCAUGGGCUUCUUGUAAUACCAGCACGAGCCUCUUUCCUAUCAAUUACGAGCUAUGGCAAGCAGAGACUGGUAUUGUAUACAGUGGUACGGAUUGUAAUUAUACUUUGUCUGGGCUCAAACCCACAACAGCGUACGUCUUUAAACUCAGGCUGAGGCUUGGAGAGAAUGUGAGUGAAUUUAGUCAGGAGACCAAAGUGGUUACGGCUAAAGCAGCUCCCAGGGCUCCUCAGAAUUUUGGUAUAACAGGAAAGACGCAAACUCAGGUGAAGCUCAGCUGGGAACCACCCGAGGUUGUCAUCGGAAGUCUGAAAGGAUACAAGAUUCUAGUCGAUGACAUGCAGUUUCUAUGCAAACCUGCAAAGUCAAAAUCAUGUAUUGUGCCUGGACUUGAAAGUGGGAGCAUACAUCAGUUUGGGAUAGUGGCAAUAACAACAAAGGGUGAUAGCGAUGUUGCCUCUGUUGUUGGAGGCCCACUAGAUGCUGGUGAUCACUGUCCAUCGAAGCCACAUGUGACCGUGCUGGGUCGUCGUGAGGUCUUCCUUUCUUGGUCGCCACCCGUUCAACCACUAGGAAGAACGAUGAAAUACGAACUGAAACAGAAUGGACAGGUCAUCUACAGUGGUGUUGAUCUUCAAUACAAGUGCCAACGACUAACACCGCACACGGAGUAUGCGUUCACGGUAAGUGCUGUCACAACAGAAGGACGAUUCGAGAGUCCUCCGACGAAGAAGAGGACAGCACAAGACUUUUGUCUAACGCGAGUCAAUCUGAUACACAGAAGGUCGAAAACAAACUCUCGGCUUGCGAGCAUCGAAGGUGAAGACCAGCUACACAGCGGAAUUAAAUCUGGCAGUCAACCUCAUGUUUCAAAAAAUCUACAAAGCCGAAGUGCUCUCCUGUCUAGUUUAUGGUCCACACACUUACAAACCAGUUGCACUGAUUUGUCUGCAACUGAGGCAAAAGUUGACUCACGGCCACUAUCACGAGCACGAUCAUUUUCGUUCAACAAUAUGGGGAGAACAACACGACAAAAGACGACACCGAUUGGUAACCACCACAGAUUGAGAUCGCUACAGAAGGGACAAAGAUCAAAGUUGACGUCGGCAAGCCGGACUGACAGAAACCACCAAGAACAGCCGACUGCUCAACAGCACCCGCAUUGUAAACAGAACCGAAGAACUCCUGAUGUCAUUCAUGUAGACAUCAGACUAGCGGAACACACACACGAAGCAAGACCUCGUAGUACCAUGACUCACGAGCAACCGAAAAGGCCUACAUUGGCUACUCUCCAAAAACAGUCAUGUGAUCGGCUCGUUCAAAGUUGUGUGACACUCGUCACGAAUGUAACAUGCCUUCCACAAGCAGCAAGUGGAGAUGACCAAUUACAGACUGGGCAUGAAAAGAAGCCGAGAACAAUGACCAACAGACCCAAGGACACGUACUGCACGCAUCCCCCUAUCGAAAGAAAACAACAAAAAUACCCACAAAUAUUAAGCCACUCUUCUAGACCAACACAAGCUGUGCAAGCAGGAACACAGAAGUGGACUCAAACACAGAGCGGUCGCUUCAAAGUGAUCGCCUGCGAUUCUGCACCGUUUGCGCUGGCAUCCACACACAUUCCGCGACCGCUGCCGUUUCACCUUCGAAAGCAGCACCAACAUCGCGUUCAUAUUCAGCAGCAACAUUUGCCGCUCAACCAGCAUCACAAUUUGAUGUCAUUACGGAACACUGUCAACAGCAGGCAACAUCAGCCUGUGCCUUUGACGGUACGAGACGUGCUAUGGGGCAUGAGACGGUCCGGGUUAGCAAUCAACCGGCCGCUCACCCCAGCACAAGCAAAGUCUUGUAUCUGAUUAUUGAUUAUAAAAAGCCAUUACAGAAUAUAUUUAUUUUAUUUUA